AUGGGUGAUGACUCGGUCCCAUCUUUGUUCAAUCAAGGAACAACUAAGAGAUACCAAAUACCAAUUGGUCACCUGGACUACAAGUUCAUAGAGAAAUGCACAGAUGUUAAACAUCUGGAAAAAAUUCUCAAAGUAUUAAGGUCUGGUGAGGAGGGAUAUUAUCCUGACCUUACAUUAUUUUGUGAAAAGCGUAUUGAGCGUUUGCAGCCAGGGAGCAGAGCUCUGAGAAAAGACAAGCCUGCAGCCACAGCUUCUGAUUUUACAGCUGAAGAAUGGGAAAAAAUUAAUGGUGAACUAAUGAGCUGGGUGACAGAAAUGAAUGAAGACGAUGAUAAAUCACAGUUUCUUAAAACAGAUCCACUGCAGGAAAGAGAAGAUAACUUGCCUCCCAUUCGUUGUACUAGCAGCUGUCUUCCUGAUAAUCAGAAAACAAACUUGCAAGACAAAAAAAGAAACAAGAAAAAUAUACCACGGGAUUACAGUGAAUGGGACAAGUUCGAUGUGGAAAAGGAGUGCUCUAAAAUUGAUGAUGGCUGUGAAGAGAAUACCUCCAAAGCAAGAUUCUUUACUAGAGCAAGUUUACCUGUAAUUGAAAAUAAAAUAGAUACAACAGGCAUGACAAAGAAAGAAAAGUUAUUUAUUGCUACUCGUGAAAAGGAGAAGGGCAAUGAAGCCUUCGCUGUUGGGGAUUAUAUGGAAGCAGUGACAUAUUACUGUCGGAGUAUAUCAGUAUUGCCCACUGUGGCUGCAUAUAACAACAAGGCUCAAGCAGAGAUCAAACUCCAGAACUGGCACAGUGCUUUGCAGGCUUGUGAGAAGGUGCUAGAUAUGGAACCUGGCAACAUAAAAGCUCUCAUGCGCCGUGCCACUGUACACAAUCACCUGCAGAACUACCAGACAGCUAUAGAGGAUCUGAGGAGAGUAUUAUAUGUUGAACCAGAAAAUGCCAUAGCUAAGAAAAAUCUGUUUGAGAUUGAAAAGAAACUGGAAGAUUUAAAUCCUGUAUCUGAGACCAAAAGCAAAGGAAAAAGAAUACUAAUUCAAGAUAUAGAGGGUUCAGAAAGUGAUGAAGAAAAUGAAGAAAGUACAAAAGAACAUGAAAGAAGAGGAGACAAAAAAAUUGGUAUGCCAGUAAGAGCAGCGGCAGCUCCAGAGGAGGCUGAAAUGGGGAACACACAGAAAAAGUUUCCUAGCAAAGGAGGUGGCGUUAAGUCAGAAGACAGAGACACACAGAAGCAGAAGGAAUACACUGAGAGUGGAGUAAAAAAAGCCACAUCAGAGAAAAAAGCACAAAAACAUUCAGCAGACGGUGAAGAUGAAGUUAAUGGCUAUUUAAACUGUAGUCAAAAGAGUGAAAGCCGUGAAGAUGAGAAGACCUCUGGAUCCCAUGGAGCAGGGUCGCUGUCUGCUGAUGGGCAGAGUCCUGUGCUUCCUCCUACUGCAGCAAAACUGAAGAGCGAAGGGAACGAGUUAUUUAAGAGUGGACAGUUUGGAGAAGCUGCGCUCAGAUACUCAGCAGCAAUUGAAUAUGUCAUGGGUUUAGCAGAACAAAGUCCAAGUGAUAUAAGUAUCUUAUACUCAAACAGAGCAGCGUGUUACCUCAAAGAAGGGAACUGCAGUGACUGUAUUCAGGAUUGUAACAGAGCCCUGGAACUUCAGCCGUUUUCUCUUAAGCCUCUCCUGCGACGAGCGAUGGCCCACGAGUCUAUGGAGCGGUACAGGCAGGCGUACGUCGACUAUAAGACAGUUCUGCAGAUAGACAGCAGCAUCCAAGCAGCAAAUGAUAGUGUUAAUAGAAUAACCAAAACCUUAAUAGAUCAGGAUGGUCCUAGUUGGAGGGAGAAGCUGCCGCCGAUUCCAGCUGUUCCAGUUUCUGCUCAGCUGCACAGGUGGGAUGGAGGCAACUUUGCUUCAGAGCCUAAGCCGAGAAGCACCACAGACACCAGUAGAGAAGAACAGCUGCAAAUGAAUGAUGAGGAGAAGUUCAAGACAUUAAAAAAUGAAGGGAACGAUUUUGUGAAGAAGGGUAAAUACGAAGAAGCUGUAAAUAAAUACAGUGAGUGCAUGAAGUUAAAUACCAAAGAAUGCAGUAUCUACACUAACAGAGCUCUCUGUUACUUGAAACUGUUUAAAUAUGAAGAGGCUAAGCAAGACUGUGAUCACGUUCUUCACAUAGAAGAUUCUAAUAUUAAAGCUUUCUACAGAAGAGCACUAGCACACAAAGGGCUGCAGAAUUAUCAAGCCUGCGUUGAUGAUCUCAACAAAGUACUUCUAAUAGAUCCAAAUGUUCUUGAAGCUAAAAAGGAGCUACAACAGAUAACCCAGCUGCUUAACCUUAAAAGCGGUGCUGGAGCUGGCAGUCAGCAAAGGCAAAGGAAGAAAAUAACCAUCCAGGAGCCUAAGGCUGCAGGAGUGUUCCCUAAGCCCUGGGCUGUGGCGAACAGGGAGCUGGAGAGCGGGCAGGGAGGCUUGGGAACCUCCCCUGGCUACACUCCUGGCAGG